AGAAAAAAAAGUGAAGCCAAAAGAUCCAUUAAAAAAUUACAAAUAUCAUGUCAAAGACAGAAGAAAACUACUUAGAAGUAAUCACAAUCAUCCAGCGAAACAGCAAUAAUGAUGAAGAUUAUUCCGAAAUCAUUGAAUAUGAGCCUCAAAACGACGAAAAUGGGAUUGUUUAUGAAUACAUUGAGGUCGAAGAAGAGCAAAAUGAAGGCGUAAAAGAGCUAAUUCAAAUCCAAAAGCAAGAAACAGUUGAUUAUGAGGCAAUUUCUCAGCAAGACAAUGAAGAUGAUAUGCAGCUAUUGGAAAUACACAAGAAUGAAAAUGAAUCCAUCUUGCGAAGUUUAACUGAGGAAAAGUUCAAGUGCAUAAAUCGAAUUUGUAAGAAAAAUAACAUCAGUUUUGAUACUCAGGAAGAACUGAACAUUCACAAUGAAGAACAUAUUUUGCAAUACAGCAACUCAAUAUGCCCAAUUUGUAACAAAGUACUUGCGAAUCAAACGAAACUCUCGAAUCAUAUUGAGUUAAGGCAUACACCAAAAAAUUAUACCUGUGAUCAGUGCGGAAAGGUGUUUAGAAGUAAAGAUAAUUUGAGACUUCAUAUGACUCAUCAUCGCAAGUACUUCUAUGUUGAGUGUAGAGCUUGCAAUCGCGGAUAUAAAAGUAUGCAGUCACUGCGAUAUCAUUUGAGACAGCACUUUGAACAUCAUCAAUGUGAAGCUUGUGGAAGAGUUUUUGAGCAUAAAAAACUACUUCUGGGUCACGUAGCUGCAAUUCAUAAUCAAGAUCUUCAAGUCCAAUGCAGAUUUUGUACACGAAUGUUUGCUAGAAGUGACGUUAGAGAUGCUCACGAACGAGAAAUACAUAAAAAUGGGAUGAUCGGAUCACAUUUCCGAUGCAAUGAGUGCAAUGCUGCUUUUGAUCUUAGAGAUGAUUUAAUGAGUCACAAAAUAUUAAGUCACUUCAACGGUGUUAUUCAUACUUGUGAAGAAUGUGGAAAGAAUUUUAAGAAAAAGAGCUUGUUAGAUCUUCACAUGAAUGUUCAUAGAAAGAAGACUAUCCAGUGUGAGAUUUGUAAGCAAAUGUUUACCUUCGUCACGGGUUUGAAUAAGCACAAAAAAAUGGGAAGAUGUAAAGGACCUCCCCUUGAAACUUUAGCUGAUAGUAUGACAAAGGAAGAAAUAGCCAAGAUUGCUAAGCAACAAUUAAUUGAAAUCACUGUGAAUCCUAAAAAGGCAAGUGAUGAAGAUGAUAUGAGUUUUGGAUUUGAUGAUGAAGACAUCAUUACAAUUAAUAAGGAUGCAAGUGUCAAGAAGAAAGCAGGAAGAAAGCCAAAACUAUUGGUUUUAAAUCAGAUCAAUAAUGAAACUAAGACUGAAAUCAAGCAAGAACCAGUAAAAGAUAAAAAGGAAAAGAAACAAUCAAUUACUGUAAGAAAUAUGACACAAGAGGAAAUUCAAGAACAACAAGAUGAAUUAGUUUCUCCACAAGAAAUUAUUAAAAGCUCUAGUGGACGAAUAAUUAAACGUAAACUUCCUCCAGUAAUUACAUCCACAUAUUAUCGUCCAUCGAAUGUUCCAAAGCGUCAAAAUAUCCCAUUAAUAUGCGACAUUUGUGGCGAUCAAUUUGAAAGUAAAGCAUCUUUAAUUGCACAUUUAAAUCAUCAUAUGAGAAUGAUCAAGGCUGAUAAAGUUUUUGGUGAUUUGUUAGAACUUACUGAUGAAAAAGAUGUGGAAUUGACAUCGAACAGUUUCAAGGAAAAGAAAUUUGCUUGUGAUAUUUGCGAUAAACGUUAUCUCACAAAACAUCUUUUAUCCAUUCAUAAAAAGUCACAUGCAAAUCUAAAGGAAUUCAAAUGUCAAAAUGAAAACUGUCUUUUUGAGACAAACUCACCAUAUGAUUUAAAUAAUCAUAUUAAACGAAUCCACAAUCCUACCAGGCCAUUUAAAUGUUCAGAAUGCGAUAAAAAGUUUAAAAGGCGUUGUGAUAUGAUUAAUCACAAAAAGUCUGUUCAUACAAAUGUUAGGACUUAUGUUAAAUGUCCAGUUUGCGAAACAAUUAUUCUUGAGAAAGGCUUACAAAGUCACAUGAUAAAUCGUCACUCGGAAAAGGCUCAGCAAAAACCUUAUGAAUGCACAAUUUGUGGAAAACGUGAAAGAUAUGAAAAAGUUCUCCAAAGACAUUAUUUUGCAGUUCAUGAGCCUAAAGAUCGAGGCGUUUUAUAUCAAUGCCCAGAUUGUCCAGCAUCCUUUUAUCGACGACGUGACGCGACAUCACACUCAUUUGUUCAUUAUGAAGGUGAAAUAUUCGAGUGCUUUACUUGCAACAAUAAAUACAAAACUAAGAAAGAAUUAAGCAAUCAUGAAUACACUCACAGUCAAUCAGAGUUUCCUUGUAAUAUUUGCAAUCAAGUUUUCCAAACCAAAUCGGGACGAGGAAAGCAUAUGAAGAAGCAUUCAGAACCUGGAGCAAUGCCAUUUGUUAGAAAGGAAGAAGGUGACUCUGAUAAUGACAAUGAAGAGGUUAUUUAUGAGCAAUAUGAAAUGCUCGAAGAAGUAGAACAAUACGUAAAUGUCAUUUAAAUUUUUUUUUUCAAUAUCUUUUAAUCUUAAUUAUAAAAUUUUAUAAAAUUAAUCCUUUUUUUCGUAUUCCCAUUACGAAGUUAUUAAACAUACUAUUUCUUAGUCAUUAUAAGUUUUCAAUAAUAAUUUUUGAUAAAAUGUUUUGAUUUCUGGGUAGAUUCAUUUUUAAAAAUUACUGAAUAUUUCAUUAUCUCUUUACUAGCUUUAUGUAUCUCAUCACAGUCUACC